AUGGAUUCAAAAAAACAAUUAAUUUAUAUAGCAUCAGCAGCUGCUGGAGCAGCGGGAGUAUUGGCAAGUGGAUUGUUGGUUAAACAUGUUUAUGAUAAUAGAAUGGUGACGGGAUCAGAGAAUGUAGAGGUGUAUCAUUUCGAUGGACAGGCAACUGGUGGUCGAUUGAUUGCCAAGGUACUCAAAAACCACGGUGUCAAGUUUAUCUUUACUUUGAUUGGUGGACACAUCUCGCCUAUUCUCAUUGGUUGCGACGCAGAGGGUAUCCGUGUGAUCGAUGUGCGUCACGAAGUGACGACUGUGUUUGCAGCUGAUGCUGUCAGCCGUCUAUCGGGUAUACCAGGUGUCGCUGCAGUCACUGCCGGUCCAGGCCUAACCAACACCAUCACUGCCGUUAAAAACGCACAAAUGGCACAAUCACCUUUGAUUUUGAUCGGUGGUGCCACAUCUGACUUGUUAAAGGGAAAGGGAAGUUUACAAGACAUUGAUCAGUUUGCAUUGAUGCGUCCACAUGUCAAAUGGAGUGCUCAUGUGUCACGUGUCGCCGAUAUCGUGCCAGCUGUACGCAAGGCAUUCUUCGAGGCACAGAGUGGGACUCCCGGCCCCGUCUUUUUAGAGUUCCCCAUCGACACGCUCUACCCCCAACCCGUUGCCACUGGAUGGUACCUCAAAAAUGCGUCUGCUACAACGUCGUUGUCAGGUCGAAUCAUCAACGCCUACAUGAACUACCAUCUCAACAAGAUAUUCUCAGUGUAUCAGUCGGAUGUACUCAUCCCCGCACCAUACAAGCCAAAUGUGGUCAAGUCGUCCAAGAGUGCCUAUUUGCAUACCGCACGUCUCCUCAAACAAGCUCAACGUCCCGUGAUUGUGGUCGGUGCACAGGCUAUGCUGAUCGGAGGUAUUGGCAAGGACGCCAUCACACCUGAAGAGUUGCAACUCGCUGUUCAACGCCUCAACAUCCCCGUCUUUACCAGUAACUCUGCCCGUGGAUUGAUGGGUGCCAACCACGAACGUCUCUUCCGUCACUGCAGAUCACAUGCUCUCAAGACUGCCGAUCUUGUCAUCUUGGCUGGCGUCGUCUGCGACUUCCGUCUUGGUUAUGGCAAGUCGAUUGGUCAUUCAGCCAAGGUCGUCUCGAUCAAUCGUGACUUUGGCGAUCUCUACAAGAACCGUUCGCCAACCUAUGGCUACAACGCUGAUCCAGCAACUUUUUUGGUGAAAUUGGCUGCCGAGGUCGAUCGAUUCGACCCACCACAAGCAUGGGCUUCAUGGAUUGAAUCACUUGCCAAACUCGACAUUAAACGUACCGUAGAAAUCUCUGACAAGGCACAAGACGACUCUCAACUACUCAAACCAACCGGACCAAACCAACCAAAGAACUUCCUCAACCCAUUGAGACUACUCAAGACAUUUGACCAACACCUUGGCAACAAGACGGUUCUCGUGGCCGAUGGAGGUGACUUUGUUGCCAGUGCUGCCUAUAUUGUCCGUCCACGUGGACCAUUGUGUUGGUUGGAUCCAGGAUCGUUUGGUACUCUUGGCGUAGCUGCAGGUUUUGCAUUGGGCGCCAAGUUGGUCAAACCAGACCACGAUGUAUGGAUCAUCUUUGGAGACGGUGCUUGUGGGUACAGUAUCCCCGAAUACGAUACUUUUGUUCGUCACAAGAUUGCUAUUGGAGCCAUCGUAGGAAACGAUGCCUGUUGGAUGCAGAUUCUCAGAGAACAACAAGAGUCACUUCAUUCAGACGUUGCAUGCAACCUCGCCUAUACUGAUUAUGACCAAGUGGUCCAAGCUUUUGGUGGGCAAGGACUCCAUGCAGACACUGAUGAACAGUUUGAAAGUGCCAUGAUCAAGGCUAAAGAAAUCUUGGCUCAACAAAAUACUCCAGUUUUAAUUAAUGCCAUUAUAGCCAAAUCGGAUUUCCGUAAAGGGUCAAUUUCUGUUUAA